CAAUUAUUUCCAUUCCUUCCCAGGUACAAACACAUUUGGAAAAUCAGUCUAGAUACCACAUACAGCAAAGCCAGAGGCACCAGGUGAAGCAGUACCUGACCCUCGAUACCAAGUUAUCCAGCCAGACGCUCUCCCUGUCCCACUCCCACACAAUCCAGCCUGUGGGAGUCACCUCCAUUUUAAGAAACGGACACAUGCCUCCCGUCAGUGAUACUGGCACACCAGAAAGCCCCGUUACCAAGCUGCUGGCCCUUGGAGGAGAACAUGAAAAUGCGAUGGAAGAGGUGAUCGAAGACAUAAUCAAUAUGGAAUCAAAUUUUAAUGAUGAAGGGAUAGGUUGUUCUGAAACUCCUCUACUAAUGCAAAGAACUCUAUCUAGCAGCAUUUUGGAUAUAUAUAACAGUGACCCGGGAAUGGCACCAGCUAAUAUGGGUCUCACAAAUGCUUCUUGCCCAGCUAAUUUACCAGUAAAAAGGGAACUCACAGAAGCAGAUACACGAGCAAUGGCAAAGGAGAGACAAAAAAAGGAUAACCACAAUCUCA